AUGGCCUCCGAGCUCGAGCAGGCCCGCCUUGCCGCGCGCCUGCCCGGGCCGCUCGCCGCACCAGCCGAGGCCGGCGCGCCGAGGCCGCCAUGGGAGAGGGAUGGAGAAGGUGGGGGCAGGGCCAUGGCGAGCGCCGCGAGCUCCCUGCUGCAGCUUGCCCCUGGCCGCGGAGCUCGCAGGGGAGGGGCGGCGCGGGCCGGCGCCGCUCGCAUGGGAGGGCCUGCUCGGCCGGCCGUGCCGCCCGCCUGCUCGCCAAGGGAGGGGCGCCCCGCGGCGAGAGCCCCGGCCGGGGAGCUCGAGGGCGGGCGCAAGGGAGGAGAGGAGCCCCGUGGCCGCUCGGCCCGCCCGCCGCCGCAGCUCGUGCACGCCGCGGCCGUUCCGCCCGCCGUGGCCCCUCCACCGGCGGCGCCUGGAUCUGGUCGCCAGAGCAGGAGGGGGAGGACGAGCGCCGGCGAUGGCCCCGCCUCGCCGUGGCCGCUCUGCCGCGCGGCGCGCUGA